AUGAGUAGUGUGGAACAUGGAGGGAAGAUCAGAAUCAAACCUGGAUUAAAAAAAUACGGCUGUGAUUUCACUCUGGAUCUGAACACAGCGCAGCGUCGUCUCUCUCUGAGUGAGGAGAACAGGAGGGUGGAGUUUAGAGAGAAGCUGCAGUCGUAUCCUGAUCAUCCAGAGAGAUUUGAUUGGUAUCAGCAGGUUCUGAGUAGAGAGAGAGUUACUGGUGUUACUGGACGCUGUUACUGGGAGGCUGAGUGGAGCGGAGGAGGAGGAGCUGAAGUAGCUCUGAGUUAUAAAACCAUCAGCAGGAAAGGAGACGGAUUGAACUGUAAGUUUGGAGAGAAUAUAAACUCCUGGAGUCUGUUCUGCUCUGAUAACAGAUACUCUGUUCAACACAAUAAUAACAGAACUGAUCUCUCCACUCCUCCCUCCGGCUGUAGGAGAGUAGGAGUGUAUGUGGACUGUCCCUCCGGCACUCUGUCCUUCUACAGAGUCUCCUCUGAUACACACACACCCUCUCACACUCUCACACACUUACACACUCUCACACACUCACCCUCACCCUCACACACUCUCACACACUUACACACGUUCUACACCACCUUCACUCAGCCCCUCUAUGCAGGGUUUUUGGUUUAUGGUUCUGGCUCUUCAGUGCGUCUGUGUAAGAUAGAAUAACCCUGUGUGUAACAGAGAUUCGGUGUGUGUGUGUGUGUGUGUUUACAAUGCUAUACUUGUGAGGACCACCGCAAGUUUUAGACCUUUUGAGUG